AUGAAGGCUGUUUUCGUUGUUGGCGCUCUCGCCGCCUCUGCUGCUGCUCACACGUAUCCAAACUGCGAGCAUGACAACUGCUACCGUGCUCUGAUCAAGGACGGUCUCCAGGACAAGGCCAAGGCCUUUUGCUUCGACUGGCUUGCUGGCACUACCACUGCUGCCUCUGCCAUUCCCACCGACUUCAGCAACUGCAACGUCCAGGCCGCCAGCUCUGCUUGCUCCUGCGUCACUUACACGGCUACGCACACAACUGGUCCUACUACCACCUCUACUCCUCCUCCGGUCACCACUACAACUAGCGAGAAGCCACCUACGACCACUCCCACAACCAGCGAGAAGCCUCCUACCACUAUCCCUACGACCACCAAGACUGAGCAGCCUCCCACAACGACUCCUACCACUCAGGCUCCUCCUACAACCACUGCCACCACCGAGAAGCCUCAUACCACCAGCCAGAGCACCACCAAGUGGACUACUUCCACCAUCUACACCACCAAGACUAACACCAUCACCUCAUGCCCUCCCGAGGUGACCAAGUGUCCUGGCGGUGGCCACACCACAGUCGUAACUGAGACCAUCCCCGUCUCUACCACCGUCUGCCCUGUCACGGAGACUGAGGCUCCUCCUACGACCACUGCUACCACCAAGUGGACUACUUCCACCAUCUACACCACCAAGACUAACACCAUCACCUCAUGCCCUCCCGAGGUGACCAAGUGUCCCGGCGGUGGUCACACUACGGUCGUAACCGAGACAAUCCCCAUCUCUACGACGGUCUGCCCCGUCACUGAGACUCACGCUCCUCCUCCUCCUCCUCCUCCCGCUGGCAACCAGACAUCUACCCUCUACACCACCCAGACCUAUACCAUCACCUCUUGCCCUCCUUCUGUGCCCAGCUGCCCUGUUGGCAAGGUCACCACCACUGUCUACCCCACUGGCACAACCACCAUCAAGGGCUGGACCUCUAUUCCCGCUGUUCCUACUCAGCCUACUGGAGUUCCUCCUGUUCCCACUCAGGCUACUCAACCUACUGGCGUUUCUCCUUCCAAGACCAAUCAGACCCCCCCUCCUGUUGUCACUGCUGCCGCGGGUCAGCUUGUCGGAAGCCUCGAGUUCGUUGCCGCCGCUGCAGGCCUUGCCGCUCUCUUCCUUUAA